CCACGGUCGUUCGGUGUUUCCCUCCCCGGAAAGUCGCCCAGUGAAGAACAGCCAACCUGCAAACGACCAAAAAUCCCCCCAAAUCCCAAAAUCACAUUCUUCUAUUCAUCAUCAUCAUCAUCAUAUAUAUAUAUAUAUAUAUAUAGGAAGAACACAUACUAUACUGGUGGAUAAUGGAUCACUACAAGAUUCUGGGAGUCCAGAGGAACGCGAGCAAAGAAGAAAUCAAGCAAGCCUUUCGAAGCUUGGCAAUGCAAUUUCACCCAGAUAAGCAUGCCGAUUCCCCCAAACAUCUUAGGGACACAGCCACCGUCAAAUUCAAGCAGCUUUCCGAAGCCUACGAGAUACUCACCGAUGAUCGCAAGCGUGCCGACUACAAUAUCUCCCGCUACGGAACCUCCUCUUCUUCCUCCGCCUCCUCCUGGAAUACUGGUUGUAAUCAGAAUCAUGGGUACGCCAAGAAUUAUGGGUACGGGUAUGGAGGAAAUUAUACCCAUGAUUAUACGGCUAGUAGGGGCAAAAGGGCUGGUCCGAGUCUCCAGUUUGAGUUGCUUUUUCGGUUUCUCAAUGCGCGGACUUUUGUUCGAACUGCGACUAUAACUGGUGUUUUAAUAGGUGCGAUAUAUCUCAUUGAUGAUGGUGUAGAUGCCCUGUGGAACACAAAAAAUUCUGGGGUAAAUGGGAUGGGAUUUGUAGCGCCUGAAGAAAAUAUUCAUUCUAACGUGCCCUUUGCUUUCGUUAAUUCAAUGAACCCCCAGAAAUCUUUGGAAGAUGCUCUGGAAUCCAUAAAGGAAGCCAAAGCAGUUAAAGAUAAAAGUUAGAGAACUUCAUCUUUUGCAUUCGUCUGUCUGGAACUCCAUUGCUUGGAAAAGCUCGAGCUCCCAAAGAUUGAAGCAAACAAGUUAAGAUCUGGGAAUGUUCCUCCAAGCUUAUUUGCUUCAAGUAUACUCUUUGCCUUUUUGUCAAAUGUGUUGGAGCUGCUGUAUGUACAGGUAGAGAUGCUUCAGCGUUCAUAUUCUUGUCUAAUUUGUGGUAUAAUUCUGUAAUAGUAAGAUAGUGCAUGUGAUUUGUGUAGCUUUGAGCAUCCUUGGAUGCUGAGGAAGCCCCAGAAAAGGUGUCCUUUCAGAUUACUCUUGAGUUUCUGGUUUCAGUUCUACAUUGCAGAAUAUUUUGCUAGACUAAAAUUUACUUGUAAUAGAGCCAAUUUUUCUACCUAUUGCCCUUUUCUUGACAAAAUUCAGUUAGUGGAACAACGUAUCUUGCAUGGGAAAGGUCAAUAGGAGAUAUUUACAAUGCACUGUGUCUC